GAAGGAGACACUGUUCUACUGUUAGCCUCUUACCUAGGUCAUGUUGAGGUUGUACGUCUGUUGCUCAAAGCUGGGGCUGCAGUCUUCAUUCCUGACAAGGAUGGUCUCAGUCCACUCUUUGUUGCCAGUCACGAGGGACACUCUGAGGUGGUGGAUAUUCUGGUGAAAGCUGGAGCUGAUGUACAUCAGGCAACAGCCAA